AGUACUAGUCCUACAUGCUUACGUAUCCUUCCCCAUUAAUUUCUGUGCCUUGGCUCAUCUUUUUAUCCGUUGCUUCGAACAGAUAUCUCAGUUUCUUCAUACUAUUUUUUUCCAUUUCCAUCGGUUACCCAGUAUUAUACUCUUGAACCCUUUUCAAGCCUCCCCAUUUCAGACACUUUUUUGUUCCCAAACUCAAACGUUUUUCACAGGACAAGAAGGGUUCUUUUUUGCUUUACUUGUGAAAGAAUGGCCGUGGGAGUGGAAGAUAGGAUUUUGGUGACAGGAGGGGCUGGUUUCAUUGGAACUCAUACUGUUCUGCAGCUAUUGAAAGAAGGUUUUAAGGUUUCAAUCAUUGACAACCUCGAUAACUCCGUCGAAGAGGCUGUUCUUCGAGUCAGAGAGUUAGCGGGACCCCAGUUGUCUAAAAAUCUUGAUUUCUAUCUGGGUGAUAUUAGAAAUAAGGAGGAUUUGGAGGAGAUAUUUUCAAAAAACAAGUUUAAUGCUGUUAUACACUUUGCUGGCCUGAAAGCUGUUGGGGAGAGUGUUGCUUAUCCUAUGCGCUAUUUUGACAACAAUUUGGCUGGAUCAAUCAAUUUGUACAUGACCAUGGCAAAGUACAACUGCAAGAAGUUGGUUUUCUCUUCAUCUGCCACUGUAUAUGGCCAACCUGAAAAAAUUCCAUGUGUUGAAGAUUUUGAUUUGAAGGCUAUGAAUCCCUAUGGCCGCACAAAGCUAUUCCUGGAAGAAAUUGCUGGAGACAUUCAAAAGGCAGAUCCAGAAUGGAAAAUUAUCUUGCUAAGAUAUUUCAACCCUGUUGGGGCUCAUGAGAGUGGUAGGCUUGGAGAAGAUCCUAAGGGUAUCCCAAACAAUCUCAUGCCUUACAUAGAACGAGUAGCUGUUGGUAGACUACCUGAGUUAAAUGUUUAUGGUCAUGAUUAUCCCACACCUGAUGGUAGUGCAAUACGAGACUAUAUCCAUGUGAUGGAUUUGGCAGAUGGUCAUGUUGCUGCCUUGCAGAAGCUUUUUCGAAUGGAUUUUAAAGGUUGUCAUGCUUACAACUUGGGGACUGGCCAAGGUACAUCUGUCCUCGAAAUGGUUGCUGCUUUCAAAAGAGCAUCUGGAAAGGACAUCCCCAUCAAACUGUGUCCAAGAAGGCCAGGAGAUGCCACUGCAGUUUAUGCAUCAACAGAGAAAGCUGAGAAAAAGCUUGGUUGGAAGGCAAAGUACAACAUAGAUGAUAUGUGCAGAGAUCAGUGGAAGUGGGCAAGCCUGAAUCCAUGGGGUUACGAGGGCAAGCCUUGACUCUUGAUACCUCUUUAUCCCAACUUUAUCAGUAGUAGUUGUUCAAUUCCUAGCAUUGUGUUAAUACUAAGAAUAUUUGGAAGCAAAAUCAACUCAAACGUGAUGGUCCUUCUGUUCAUUGAACGAAGCAAAAUCAGCUCGAAAAUCAACUUGAUUUCUGAUCUCCACUCUGAUCAUUUUCUGGGCUUAAUUCUGCAGUUACCGUGGUUUGGAUGCUAGAAGGCAAGAAAUAUUUCAAACAGAUAUUUAACUCUAUACUUAUGUCUUACACCAGAAUCUUGCAAAAUAUUUCAGAAUUUCUGGUGGAUUUGUUUUC